ACGGAGCAGAAGCUCAGUGGAAAGCUUCUCCUCUGCGACCUGGCCGGCUCCGAGCGCCUGAAGAAGUCCGACGUGUCCGGGGACGCGCAGAAGGAAGCCAUCGAGAUCAACAAGUCACUGACAGCUUUGGGCGAUGUCAUGGAGUCCUUGGUGAAAGGUGCUGCACACGUGCCCUACAAGAACCACAAGCUCACCCAAGUGAUGUCGGAUGCCUUGGGCGGGACGUCGAAGACCCUGAUGUUCGUCAACUGCUCGCCGGCAAGCUCCAACUACGAGGAGACGGUGAUGACGUUGAAGUUUGCAACCCGAGCGAAGACGAUUACGAACGAUGUGAAGCGGAAGAUGGUCGCAAAGGCGAAACCUAUGCCAAAGGCAUAGCUUUGCUUUUGGCAGACCUGCUGCGUCUGCCAAAGGCAAGUGCAAAGCCCCCGGAGAACGACGGUAGGCUAGCGCUGUCAGGCACUCUCACUCAGAGUACGGAAGCCCAUCAGAAAAUGCAUGAAAACAGUAACAGGCGAUCGGUGAGCCCCAAUCCGACCAAGCCAUCGCCCAAAGCCAAGGGUCGUGCUUCCUCCGAAGCGCCUGGCAGGCCGACAGGCGAUGCCGACGAACCCGGUCCCAAGAUCCUGGAGGCCGAGCUUGUGCCUGCCUGGCGGAACAAGACGGUCCAAGGCCUCUUCUGCGAUCCUUACAUCGAGAACACGAACUUGGAAGGCGGCCGCUCUUCCCAGGCGCUGAGUGAUGUUAUUGAGAUUGGGACAGAGCUGUUGCGAUCGGCGCCCAUCUCAAUGAGCAGCACUGACAUCCAGGCUCUCCGUGCGGCUCUCAAGCAGUUGGGAGCCGCUGCCGAUCGCAGCAACGCCGGCCACGAUGCCUUCGAAGCCCAGGACGGAAUGCGCUGGUGCCAACAGAUGCAGAAGGAGAUCUAUGCACUGCGCGUCGAUGAGACCUGGCUCGUGGAAGGGGGUUGGCGUGGAGAACACGGCAGCCAUGCCAUCAUGUACAUGAUCCAACGAAUGUCGGACAGUGAAUUUGCCUUCUCUGUGCUCAAUACCGGUGCGGGGAUCCACCAAUUUCAGGUCUGCGACCCCUCCAUGAUGGGGAUAGGAAAGGCCCGCUACAGGACGAGGCUCUGUCUCGCUCCGAUCAAGAAGGAGCGCCUGGACCUGCCGUUCCUUUACGCCUUGUUCAGGACCUACUUCGUGCGCCACCGCUGUCACAGCUGUGCCCAGCUCUACGAAGUGCUCCUUCCCCUGCUGGAAGCCGACGAGAGCGUGGAUGCCUGGCCGAGCACCCCACAGCGUGCGGGCACCUGCUAUGCGAAGUGCAUCUUCCUGACGCUGCGCGUUCUGCUUGGGCAUUUUGGUCUCGGCAAGGAUGCUCUGAAGAAGUGGAUGCUGAACUUCCGCAUCGGCUACUUGGAGAAGAUGGUUUCGGACUUGCAGCAGUCCUGCCACAAGCUGACCAUCAGCGAUCGGAUCAUUCUGACCGUGGCCUUGAAGCAAGUCGCUCGCCGCUGCGCACGCGAGGCCUACGCUGUGCCGGCAAGGGGCCGAGUCCACGUGUGCUUACAGAAGAUCUGGUUGGCGGCGCCGCCCAUGCCCUGGCUUGGCUACUUCGCUGCCAAGAUGGAGGCAAAGGAGCCAGCCCUGCAGCUCCCCAAAACCUCCAGCUCUGGCCUUGGAUUUCAAGGUUUCCAGCUCCUGGUGGCAAGUGCUUUGAUCCCUCCGGAAGUGCGGAACGCCUUUGCCGGGCCUUCUGCGACGAAGUCCACGAACCCGCACGUGGACCUCACCGGCAUCGCCUCGGCGAGCGCCUCCGGCCCAAGCCUCGAGGCCGUGCUCCAGGCGGCCUUGAUGUGCGAUCGGCUGGAGGAGGUCCUGGGCUGCUCUCUCCACUCGAAGCAGCUGAUUUUGGGCGUCGUGGAGUCCCUGGUCUUCUGGGAGGGGCAGAGCCUCUGGCAGAAGGAUCUCGGCCAGCUCAAGCUUGCACAGGGCCGAGAGGUACUGGCCGCCAUCCAUCGUCUCGGAGCCCACUACUUGGCGGGCGCUCGCUCGAGCUUCUUGGGCCGCUGUUGGUCCUCGCGAGCUUGCUGGAGCUCUUCGAGCGGGUUCUGA